AUUUCAGUCGUAAUCUUGAGGCAGCUACUUACACACCACAAACACAGUAGACUUUAGGACAUAGGUCUUCAACAGGGGGUCUCAAAAUCUUUGUUUGAUUAGACAUUUUUAUAUAUUUUUUUUUUAAAUUUCCCAUCUUAAUAUUAAAUGCAAAAUGAUAGUAAUACUGUAUAUUUAUAAAAGGCUCUAGGCCGAGUUUAAUAUAUAACACAUAUAGUAGGUAGAGGGUCCCUACUCUCCAUCAGUUUGGGGCCUUGGCCUGAAAAACGUUUAAGACCCCUGGGUUAGGACCUCACAACUACAAAUCAUACAACAGACAAUUACAAAACCAGACAUAGGCAGACAAUAUUAAAACAAGCAAUAUCAUAACAAAACAUUUUGACCCACAAAAACAUGAACCGAGAACCCGAGAAUGGGCAUCAGUUUAAUAACAGUAUUGACGCUAUAUGAGUACGUCUGAUUUAUUUUUAACCGAUAUUUGUUUUUGUUUUGUUUUUUUUUAAAGUUAGUAGUUGUCACAGUUUCUGUUGUAUGGUGUUCCAGGAAUGUGUUACUCUUGCGCGACCAUUUGAGAGAGGCCUUUUUACGAUCUUAGUCAGAACUCAACUGUGACGUGUUGUGUUUGUUUUCAUUAACAGAUAUCACGUCGUAUUGGUUUACAUGGAAAAGUGUCACAACACAGGCACACUGCCCGUCAGCCACUUCCCUCUGGUCAUUAAUGUCGUUGAUUAACCAGGAAGACAUCAAUAAUUAACUGCGAACAAUAAAGGCCCACGCCUUUUGUCGCAAUGUUAACCCUCCAACCUAAUUUAGAUUCAUUCGCGGCCUGGAAAAACACAUCCAGUGACAUUAACUCGUGGAAAAAACAGAAACCUCGACACUUUCCGACUCUGGCAGAUGUAAUCUGUGACUUUCUCUGAGUUGUGACGAUUCCCUACGGACUCCACAUGUUAAGUGAAUGCAAAACGCGGAGAAGAUUUUCAUUAGUUUGCAAACAAAUCUAAAAGAAUAUAUGAAGUUUAUCCUCAUGCUGUCGUUACUUCCCCUUCCUAUCAAGUUUUACAAUGACUUUUUUUAUUACUUUACUUUCUCCUGUACGAGUUAUCUAGGUCAGUGCGAUAAUGUAUCACCACUUAAUGUCACAGAAAUGACACGCUGUAUGUACGCUUAUUAAAACUGUAAAUAUUAUUCCCCUGUAAUUUCUGUUUUUUGUAUAAAUAAAAUGCCACUACAUGACACCGAGCAUGGCUAUUAAAGCCUCCACUUCUGCUUUCCCUCAUGUUCAUCCUCCUCUUCCUCCUCCUUCCUGUACUCCUCUACCUGGUGUGAUGGGAGGGGCCUGGGGGUAUAGUUAAUGAUUCUAGUAGAGCUGCUGAGAUUGACAGAUACAGAAAAAGAAGGAAAGAGGAAAGAUAGAGAGAGAGACAGAAGGGGGAGAGAGCUGGAGAGGAGUAAAAAUAGUAGAGCUGAAGUGCAGACAGAGCAAUGUAAGCUGAGGAAGUGUGCAUCUGGGGGGGGAAAUAAGACGAAGAAGUAGUAAUGCUAGAGAGAUCGCGCGUUCUGCGUCCUCUCAGGUGUAUCCGGUCUGUAGACCGUCCUCAGGUCAAACAGGUCACAGGAACUGCUCCAAGUGAAAACUUCUCUACAGCUCAGAGUGGAUACCGUGAGCGGUCCGGCGUGAUUGUUUGGCUCCUAUGAUCCAUGCGGCCUGUGUAGGCUGGACAGGGACUCGUCUUCUCUCCUGAUCGCACAUCGCCUGCAGCCAUGGAGAAGCAAAUAGAGGAGCUGAAGCAGCAGCUGGAAAAGCAAUGUUUGAUCAACCAGGAGCUGCAGAGGCAAAAUAAGGACCUGGAACAACGACUGCAGGAGAAAGAAAAACUUUUGCAAGAGCUGCACAGUCAAUAUCAUGAUCUGGAAUUUCCCACCCAGGGCGGUAAUGAGAUUGAAGAGGAGGUCAGGAAGAGCCGCGCGGCCGUCAUAGCCCCUGAACCACUUCCAGAGAACCUGGAGAUUACACGCAACAGGGUCAAGAAAACUGUCAGCGAGACGAGUCUGAUCGUCAAAGCUAUUCAGAAGAACGACUUCCUGAGCCGCCUCGACGAUGAGCAAAUAGCCAUGAUGGUGGAUCUCUUAAUGGUAUCUCACUUCAAACCUGGCGAGGAAGUCAUUAAAGAGGGCUCUGAAGGAGAUAGCAUGUACAUAGUAGCAGCUGGAGAGCUCGUCGUCACCCAAGCAGGACGGAACCUCCGAACUCUAAACAAAGGAGAUGUUUUCGGGGAGUUGGCCAUUCUGUACAACUGUAAACGGACAGCAACAGUGAAAGCAAAUACAGCGGUGCAGCUGUGGUGCAUGGAGCGACAGACCUACAGGACAAUCAUAGCCAACAAGUCCAAGAAGAAACGGGAGCAGCUCAUGGGCUUCCUGAAGACGUCUCGAACUCUGAAGGACCUGAAUGACAUCCAGUUGUCUAAAAUCAUUGACUCCAUGGAGGAGGUGAAGUACCAGGACAAAGAAGUUAUAGUUCGAGAGGGAGCAGAAGCAAACUCAUUCUAUAUCAUCCUCAAAGGAGAGGUCUUGGUAACUAAGAACGUGAACGGGCACCAGAAGCAGAUUCGCAGGAUGGGGAAGGGGGAGCAUUUCGGGGAACAGGCCCUCAUACGCGAAGUUUUGAGAACUGCCACCUGCACAGCCGACGGCCCUGUUACCUGCUUCGCCAUUGACAAGGAGGUAUUCGAAGAGACGAUUCCUGUCGAGCACCUGGAGCUGUUUGACGACUCCAAAGUGAUGCAGGAGGCACAAGCUCCGGAGGUCAAAUCAAGUCCCGGCUCCACUCUGAGGUUUAAGGAUCUGGUUCCUGUUUUAUAUCAGGAGGGUCGCUAUCAUGGGGAUCCCGUCACUCUUGGAGUUGGAGGAUUUGGCCGUGUGGAGCUGAUGACCACAAUCAAUCAUGGGAAAUAUUACGCCAUGAAGCGAGUCAGUAAGAAGCACAUUGUCGCCAAAAGACAAGAGGAGCACAUGCUGUUUGAGAAGAAGAUCCUGAAAGCCACCCAGUGCGACUUCAUCGUCAGGCUUCAUGCAGCCUUCAAAGACUCGCGCUACAUCUACAUGGUCAUGGAGUUCUGCAGCGGAGGGGAGAUCUGGACCAAACUCAAAGAAGUCGGGCGUUUCGAUGAGACUAUCGCUGUGUUCUGCACCGCCUGCGUGGUGGAGGCCUACGCCUACCUCCACAAGAAGAACAUCAUGUACAGAGACCUGAAGCCCGAGAACCUGAUGCUGGAUGUGAAGGGCUACGUCAAACUGGUUGACUUUGGCUUUGCCAAGGAGUUGGUGCGUGGUGAGAAGACCUACUCUUUUGUUGGCACCCCUGAGUACAUGGCCCCGGAAAUCAUCAAGAACCAGGGGCAUGACUUUGCAGUUGAUUUCUGGUCCCUUGGCAUCCUGAUCUUUGAACUGCUAGUGGGAAGCCCUCCCUUUUCAAGCUCAGAGCCCCAGAAAAUUUAUUCCAAAAUUCUGGACGGGGUGCUCAAGUACCCACCAUACAUGAGUGAGGCAUCCAAAUCCAUCAUCAGUAAACUAUGCAGACCUCGGCCGGGCCAGAGGUUAGGAAACACCAAGAAUGGAAUCAAAGAUGUCCGGCACCACAGGUGGUUCAGCAGCAUGAACUGGCACAAGCUGCGUAUGUGUCAGCUGGAUGCUCCUACGGUGCGACUCAUCCGCAAGGGCCCCUGCUACAUCAACUUUGAUCGUUUCCCUCUUGACCAGACGAAGGCAGAAGAAGAGUUUUCUGGUUGGGACCGUGACUUCUGAUUCUGAUGUCUGUGUUAAAAGGAUCAAAUGCCAAAAAAAGGGGGCCGAUACGGCGCAAACAUGGAGCCAGAUGAGGAUAAUCACAGCCGGCCUUGGCAACUCCAGCUGGGGCCAAACCAGAGUUAAUGCCACACGAUGAUGGUAGAAGGAGAAAAAAAAUAAACAUUACAUACAAAUUUGAUUAUCAAAUCUUACUGGAACUGCAGGAGAACAGCCAAAAUCUGCACCUCUUUUGCAUUGAGAAACACUCCAGAUGGAUAUAGAGCAGAAAUAUUAUAUAAAGGUGUUUAGACAACACAUUAGGACAUUCUGUUUCCAAUUUGAUGCCCGAGAAGAAGCGUUAAUAACGUCAUCCAUUCACUGGUUAUGAUAGCAGCAGCUAUCCAAAUGUUCGGCUGACAACUGUGGAACACAAUUUCUGUCAGUGUUAUGGGGGGAAAAAAAUAUAUCACAUAAUUACUUGGUGCCUCAAAAUAAUCCAAAAAAUGCUUAAAUAACCAUUUUCUCAAAAAAGGAGAUUUGUUUCUCGACAUAAUGAGAAACAUUCCUCAAAAUAAGAGGCAGUUUCUAAAAAUACUGUUCAUAUCUCAGAAUAAUAAGAAACAAAAUAAAGAGAUUUUUUUUUACCUUCACAAUAAUGACAAACGUGUGUUAGUGUCUCCAAACAAGGAGAGAUCUACAUUGAAACUGCAUCAGCUGACGCAAGAUUAUGAAAUGGUUUUACAUCUUCUUUUUUUUCGAACUCUUUCUUUUAAGAGGCCACGGUAAUACUUUUUCAUCACUUUGGCAGAAAUGGUCUCACACUGAGAAUAAAUACCAAACCUGAAAAUAAAAUCAACGCAGAUUUCAUGCAAUGUACAUUCAUGUUUAUUGUUCUUGUAACGCUGUAGCUUUAGUCGAAAUAUCCUCAUCUGCUUGUAGCGAACCUGUCUCAUGCUUUAAUAUUGAUAAAGUUGUUUACUAUGAA